AUGGCUGCCCCAAUCGUCUCCUCCUCUCCACCAUUCAACAUGGACCAAAUCAACCAGAUCAACGCGUUCUUCUCCUCCACCGCCGGAGUCAUCACCUUCUCCGCCAUCUGGCUCUUCUGCGUCAUUGCGUUGAUCCUCAUCACCGGAUGGCUUCUCACCAGACAAGAGGAGGAGAACCGUAUCUCCGACUCGGCUCGCGAGAGAGAGGCUCAGGGGCAUACCCUGCUCAACGGAUCCGCAGUCGAUCCACCUGUUGACAUCGAUCUCCCAACCAUCCGCACCAACGAGGAGAUUGGAAAGUAUCAUCGUAUGAUCUAA